CCGACGAUAUCCCAAGCCGAGCAGGACUAAACGCGUCUUCCCCAUUCUUCCCUGCUCACUCAGUCUUCCGCCCUCCUUUUCCUUUUCGAGUUCGGAAGCAGCAAUCGUAAAAGACACAAACUUGGCCUUUUCUCUUUCUUCUGGACAAUGGGCAGCUGAACUCUCCGUGGGUUAUUCGGACACAGGUUCGAGCGCGACAAUGUUCUUCCACAUCGUAUUGGAGAGGAACAUGCAGUUGCACCCUCGCCACUUCGGUCGCAACCUUCGCGAUAAUCUCGUAUCCAAGCUCAUGAAAGACGUUGAGGGAACUUGCAGUGGUAAACAUGGGUUCGUGGUAGCAAUAACAGGCAUAGAAAACGUUGGAAAAGGGUUGAUCAGAGAUGGUACAGGUUUUGUGACUUUUCCAGUAAAGUACCAGUGUGUUGUCUUCAGACCAUUUAAGGGCGAGAUCUUAGAAGCUGUUGUCACCAUGGUAAACAAGAUGGGAUUUUUCGCUGAAGCUGGUCCAGUGCAGAUCUUUGUUUCAAACCAUUUGAUACCUGAUGACAUGGAGUUUCAGUCUGGAGAUAUGCCAAACUAUACAACUUCUGAUGGAUCGAUUAAGAUCCAAAAGGAUAGUGAAGUGCGUUUAAAGAUUAUCGGGACUCGUGUUGAUGCUACAGAAAUCUUCUGCAUCGGUACGAUAAAGGAUGACUUCUUGGGCGUGAUCAACGAUCCUACGGCCUGAUAGGGAAAGCUGGGGCGUGGUAGUUGUAGAUCUGAGCUUUGUUUCUUAUAGUUGUAUGAGCACCAGGCUUCUGAUGCAGACCAUCGAGCAUGGUGGCACCCGCCUGUACUUCUUGUCUUGAGCAAGCUCUGUAAUUUAUCGUGGGAAAGUAGUUCUAUGUGCUUGCAGGGAAUGAACUUUAUCUAUGUGUUGACAAAGCCUGUUAUUUGUUCAACUCACCUCAGCGACCAUUAGAAAGGCUUUGUCCAUGUUGGAUGGUUCUUGAGAGUUAUUUUAAGGCCCAAGAUUUUCGACUGGGGUCGAGUUUUUGGCUUUACCUAUGUAUUAGUUUGAGCUGCAUAAUUGUUGCAGUAGCUUGUAGAGGAAGUUGGAUAAUUGAGGUUAGGGGUUGUUUGUCGAUGUGUACACUUAAUGGUGAAUCAGAGUGUUGUAACUGUUAUCAUAUUUAAAAGGGUAUUCAGUUGUCUCACUCCCAGAUUGUAUAGAGAUCCCAAGAUCCAAUAUCU